AUGUCGGAAGCAGAAAAUUCGGCAACAGUAUUGAUUCCUGACAAAAACAAGAAGAAAACACUCUGUGGAAGUUGUGAAAUUGAACUCGAACCCGACCAUCCGGGAAUACAAUGUAUUCAAGCUCAUCAUUAUUGUGUCGAGUGUUCAGCUCGAAUCGUGAAUUUAUUUUUCUCUGAACCACAACAUUAUACGCCUUUACGUUGUGUUCAAUGUCAUGUAGAAUUGAUUCCUGAGGUCUUCGAACGUCAAUUAACACCAGAACAACUUGAAUUCUACCUUCAACAUAUGCUCGUGCUACUUUGGGCGAAGGAAGUUGUCGGAGAAGAUGAACGUUUGGACAGAUGCCCAUUUUGCAAUUAUGCUGUUGUUCGAAAAAUCGAUGAUGUAAAAUUUAUUGAUUGUCGUCAUUCUGAAUGUGGAACUUUUUCAUGCUUAGUCUGCCGCAAAGCUUGUCCUAGAUAUACCAGUCCAUAUCUAACCGAUGAGCAGUUUGCCGAACUCGAUCAUCACUUCAAAUGUAGCAGAUUGCAUGAUAAUAAACAAGAAUUCGAACGAUAUUUAGAAGCAGGUCAGAAAGUUCCAUGUCCUAAUUGUGGCCUUGCUGGAAUGAAAGAUGAUUCGUGUACGCAUAUGACUUGUCCGCAAUGUUCACAAUUGUGGUGUUAUUUCUGUGGAAAAAAAGUUGAAGAUUGUGAUAAAGCAAGGAAUGGAACGAAUGGGAUCUACGAUCACAAUCUACGAUGGGAAACGAAUCUUCAACGUUGUCCGAUGUACCUCAUUCAAUUGAAUGAUGUUGAUAAGCGUUGGGAAGUUGAUGAAGAUCAAUGCUUAGCUUUGUUUCAUCGUCUUCGUUUGUUACGAUUACUACGCGAAGCAUUUGAGAAAAUUGGCAGAGAAGAUAUUGAUGAACUCGAUAGGCAUUUCAAUAUCGUUAGCACAUGUGGUUUUACAAUCGAUGAGAUUCUUCAUGAAGAUUUGACAUUAAUCCGCAAUCGACCUGCUCAAUUUUCUAAAGCACAAACUAUCUACAUGGCACUUCAAUUAACUUUAUCAUGUGAUUUGGACAAAUCACAAACUGGUCCUACUCUCAUUCAUUCGACUGGAGUACAACACUACAAGAUCCCACCAGAAGUGAUUCAAAUUUUGCAACAAAAUCUUUCUAACGAUCGAUUAUCGGAUGAUUCCGAAGGCGUCCUUUGUCAAGACAAUCCUCAACGUGUUCUUGGUGUUCUCCGAAGCAAUGGAUUUACUUUGCAAAAACAAACUACGGAUACCAAUAAAGCAUUGUGGACAUUAGUACAAGGUGGCGGUAGCGGCGGCCAUCCUGCUCCUCCACCUCCAACUGACGAAAACAAUGCUGAUACUGGAGCAGAAGAUCAAGGUGAAAAUAAUGAAGAAGGAGGCGAAGGGGAAGGGGAAGGAGAAGGAGAAGGAGAAGAAGAAGGGGAAGGUGAAGAAUAA